AUGGCACUUGUUGACCAGUGUCGGCAGUUCUCUCGUUGCGUGCGGUUAUCAGUAGUGCUGAGUCAUUUUCAUUCUUAAAGUGAUAUUAAAAAACGUACUCAAAAGCAAAGAAAAAUGGCUGAAAUAAAUCCAGAACUGCUUCAGGCGUUCGGUUUUUGGGGCAGCAUAUUAGUUUUAAAAGUACUAGCGAUGUCACCUUUAACUGCACGACAGCGGUUCGCAAAGAAAACAUUCGCCAAUGAAGAAGAUGUUCCGUUUGCAUCUAAAGCCAAAGUCUCAUUUAAUGAUCCAGACGUAGAGCGUGUACGAAGAGCACAUUUGAAUGAUUUGGAGAAUAUUGUACCAUGGUUCAUAAUCACAUAUCUCUGGUUGACCACGGGACCAUCAGCAUGGCUGGCUAAAAUUUUGAUACGCACUUUUGUACUUUCUCGAAUAAGUCAUACAAUUUCAUAUGUGGUUUUGUCACAGCAACCUAUGAGAGUGAUCGCUUUCUUUGUGGGAUUCCUUAUUACUGGUUAUCAAACUCUUAAUACAUUGUUGUAUUAUUUGUAAUUGUUAUAUAAAUAACUUCUGCAAAACUUGAUAACUUGAAUCCAUAAGUAUGAUGAUAAGAGUGUUUGCAGCAAUGGUUUACAAUAAUCAAAUUUUCCUUUUGUAUUUUGGAGAUAAAAUAACUACAAAAAAUAAAAUAAUUAUUAUGUUGUAUAUCUUUAAAAGAUA